GGAGGGGGAAAAGGAAGCCAGGAAUAGCAGGUUGGACAGAUGUGCGGAGUCAAGAGCUAGUGUUGCCAUCCAAAGCCCCGAAACACUGGUGAACAGGCACAAGCGGUCCUGCAGAAUCACCAUGUAGAGCUUCAGAGUGGAAGAAUGGGAAUGCAGUAACUGCAGUUGUGGAGUAUCAACCUCAGCAGACGGUGAGACUCUGCAAAACAAUGGGAAUAGCAUCAUUCUAAGGAGCUUGACAACAUGGGAAUGCCAUCUGCAUCCGGACAGGAUUUGUUGUGGUGGAUUUGCUUCUGGAGCUGCGGUUUAGUAACACUUGUCUGAUUGUAUUGCAGUGUGGGAAGAGCAGAGAGAUGCUGUGAAGCAAAAGCAUUUAUUUCCAGCCACUGUUGUUGUAACACUCGCAUAUCAGGAAACAUGUAUGCCUUCUAUUCUUUGCUGGUGUACAUCUUCUACACCGUCUUUAAAAAGGAGGAGGAGGCAGCGCUCGAGGGGGCGUAUGGAGAAUCCCCGGAGGAGCCUGGCCAUGUUUCCAUGGAAACAAAGAGCAAGGGGAAGAGUAGCCACACCCCCAGGUUGGGCAAAAGAGGGUGUGCAAGACUGAGUGAUUCAAGCAGCAGCAGUGAUAGUGAUGGGGCGUCUCUCAGUGAUGAAGAUGAUGAGUUUGAUGAAGGUCAUGGAUUACCUGCCAAAACACCAUUAACAGCUUUCCUGUCUUUCAAGCAAGAGGCAGAAAAGAGAAGAGCCACUAAUUCUCCAACAGAACCUAGUGAAAAGGUGACAGAGUCUCCAUUGCUGUCUGUGAUGUCCCACCUCCUGAGCUUCCUGGAGCAAUAUUCCCACCUGCAACAGCUGCAGCAGCAGGCUGAUCAGUACCGUCUGCAGCUACGCAGACACCGUGCCCAGCACCGGCGGAAGAUGAAGGCCCUGCGUACGUCCUACCGCCAGCGCCUCAGAGACAAGAACAGUGUGAUUAACAACCUGGAGGAAGUGAUCGCUCAGCAGCCGAGCCCAUCACCUGAAAAUGAGGGUGAGUACAUGCUACCUGCAUCAUCUCCGGUUGGGUUGCAUAAGUUGGUUCAAUCUCUAUGCGGGCUGCAGGGAGAGAGGAGUCAACUGAGAGGAGAGCUGCGAUCGCUUCAUUCACAGCUUGAGCAGAGAGAACGAGAUCGGCACACUAAAGUGCAGGCCUUCCAACAGCAGAUUGAUGAGCUGAAGAGCUGUAUUGAGGAAAGAGAAGAGGAGCUGUCCAAACUCAGAGUUACAUCAGGAGUAACAGACUCUGAAAAACGAGUGCUUUGCUUAUCAGCAGAGAAUGAGAGUUUGAAACACAGCCUCACAGUGACGCAGGGUCUUCUGCAGCAACUGUCGGUCAUCCCAUCCCAGUCCAGCUCUGUGCUCAUCAAGGAAAAUGAGAACUUGCGCAGUCGUGUUCUGCAGCUGGAAAGUUCACUGCAGCUGCGGGCAGAGCAGCUGUCAACUCUGGAGCACCAGAAAGAGCAGAGCGAAUGGAGGAAGGCAGAAGAGCUCAGGAGACGAGAGGAGAGUGUGAGAGAUCUGCAGCUUGAACUAGACAAAGAACGCAACAAGGAGCCUGUGGUUAAAUAUGUUACCCAAACCGUUGAGGUGGAGUCGCCUUCAACUCUGCGUCAACUAUCUGAAGCCAGACAACAGAAUGCACAGCUUUCUGGGAAGCUAAGCAACCAGAGCGAACGAUGCAGACAGUUGGAGGAGAACAUCAGACAUUCAGAUGAAGUCAGCUGCAAUUUGCAACACAAGAUUGCUGCAUAUGAGAGGGAGAUUGGGACCCUGAGGGAGGAACUACUGAAGGAGAUUGGACAUCUUGAGGAAAAGAAAGAGGCAGCAGUAAAAGCUGCAGCCAACUGCUCUGAGGAGCAUCUCCAGAGCCUGCAGAACCAGUUCAUAACCCUCCAGAAGCGUCUGAGUGCUCUCCCUCCCACGUUACGCUCCAUGAAGACCGACUAUGCCAGCCUGCGCAGUCAGGUCCGCAACUUUUCUGACUUCUAUGGAACAGCUAUCAAAGAAGCCAAGAAACAGAUAAUGGCAGCUAUAUUUGAGAUGUCAGAGGCCAACAAAGACCUUUUGGAAAAAUACAGAAAGGAGGUAGCACUCCGCAGGAAGUACCACGAGCAGCUGGUUGAGCUUAAAGGUAAUAUUCGUGUUCUGUGCCGUGUAAAGCCAGUACUGAAGGAAGAUCAACAUGAGGAAGGCCAAGCGGUAGUUGUGACAACAGACCCCAAUAAUGAAUCUGCACUCACAGUUUUAAGCAAGGGAAAGGCCAAAAACUUUGAGCUUGAUAAAGUAUUUCACCCUCAGGCCACUCAAGAUGAGGUGUUCCAGGAAAUUGAGCCGCUCAUCACAUCCUGUAUAGAUGGGUAUCAUGUUUGCAUCUUUGCUUAUGGCCAGACAGGAUCUGGCAAGACCUAUACUAUGGAGGGUACUGUUGAGAACCCCGGUAUCAACCAACGAGCCCUGAAACAUCUGUUCAAUGAGAUUGAGGAAAGAAAAGAUAUGUGGACAUAUACCGUCAGUGUCAGUUCAGUGGAAAUUUACAACGAGGUCCUGAGAGAUCUACUAAGUAAGGAUGGAGAGAAGCUUGACAUCAAGAUCAACCCUGAUGGGACAGGACAGCUCCAUGUGCCAGGACUCAGGGUCAAUGAGGUCAAAAGCUUCCAGCAUAUCAAAAAAAUUUUGGCCAUAGCUCGAAAGAACAGGAUUACAUUUGGAACGCAGAUGAAUCAGCAUAGCUCUCGAUCACAUGCCUUGCUCACUGUGACUGUGCUGGGCACAGACCUCGCCAGUGGAGCCAAAACCACCGGCAAGCUGAAUCUUGUGGAUCUGGCUGGUUCUGAAAGGGUGUGGAAGUCUGGGGCAGAGGGGGAAAGACUGAAGGAAGCCCAGAAUAUCAACCGCUCACUGCUCGCUCUAGGAGAUGUGAUCCAAGCUCUUAGGGCCCACCAGACUCACAUACCCUUCAGGAACUCACGACUCACCUACCUGCUGCAGGACUCACUAGGAAAAGGCAACAAAACCGCCAUGGUUGUUCAGGUUUCAUCUCUUGAGAGCAACGUCGGAGAGACCCUGUGCUCGCUAAAGUUUGCCCAGCGAGUGUGCAAGGUGGAGCUGGGCCCUGCUGCAAGAAAAAUUGAGACAGGAGGACAUAAUGAAAACAAAAGUUAAUGCAUACCAUCAACCCUCACAAGUAACGCAGGACCAGAAAUGGCAUUAGGUGUAGAUGGACAAGCCUUGCACUUUUCAGCCUGUGGCUGAGGCUUCCAAUCCUACUCAAGGGCUGCAGUUCUGGAAACGUCAGUGAUGCCACAUAUCUAGCAAUGGCUUUAUCCAUAGCUGAUCUGCAUGUCAAAGUCUCACCAACACCCACCACCACCAGUUUCAAGACAAGCUCUCCAUCAACGUAAGUUCAAAAUAUCACAAAUUCUCCACAGGAAAAAGGUUAUUUCAGUCAAUCUUGGGAGUCACAACAUAAGAGACCACAGUAUCUUAAUCGCUUAAAGUUUAUACUGAUAUUUACUCAAAAACAACAAAAUUAUUUGGUAUAAUAUUUAGGAAGUAAUGGCCAAAAUAUGUUUGUGUGUGUAUGGUUGGUGUGGACUUCCAUGAUUAUGUUAUGUAUGUAGAACCAGUCGAUCCGUCUUUUAUUAGGUAAAAUGGAUGCGAGUUGAGCCGAAUUGCACAAAAUCAGCAUUUGCUGACUUUAUUUCUCUGCAAAGGUGGUAGCUUAGCAUUUUAAGAUCCAGGCUAAUAACCGAAAGGUCACAUUUUCAGCCAUCUGAAGGGGUGAUUCAUGAACUGGAUAGUUCUUGAGUUAUUUGACUGCAAGAAAAUUAAGCCAGCAUCUGC